UGAAUUUUGUACUUGAUACAGGCAAUUGAAAUGUUGAUCUAGAAAUUCAGAUGGUUGCAUGUAUCAAAUACAGUCACCAAAUUCAAAUCUAUAUUAUUCAUCAUCUUCUGUGCUCUCGUUUCCAAAGAAUCGUUUUUGAUUUCUUCUACUAAUCCCCUCUGAUAUGCAUACCAGAAACCAUGGCUGCUGAGUUUGUGGGUGGAGCAUUUCUCUCUUCUGCUCUUCAAGUCGCUUUUGAAAAGCUGGCUUCUUCUGACGUCACUGACUACUUCCGAUCAAGAAACCUGAAAGAUGGCUUGAUCAAAGACCUUCACACCACUCUCAUCUGUGUGAAUCGAGUGCUUGAUGAUGCAGAAGCAAAGCAGUACACAAACUCCGAUGUCAAGAAGUGGCUUCAUGAGUUCAAACAUGCUGUGUAUGUGGCCGAUGACCUCUUAGAUGAGAUUGCCAUUAAGGCUAUCAGGUUGAAGUUCGAAGUUGAGAGUCAAACAGCUACCAGUAAGGUACGAGGCUUCUUCACUUCUUUUGUUAGUCCAUUUGACAAACAGAUCGAAUCUAGGAUUCAACAAGUUCUUCACGACCUGGAGAACCUUCGAAAACAAAGGGGUGAUCUAGGAUUGAAGGAAGGCUGUCGUGCUGGUAGCAAAGUUGGAGUUGGUGGGAAAGUAUCCUCUAGAUUGCCAACUACAUCUCUGGUGGCUGAUGAGUCACGCAUAUAUGGCAGAGAUGGUGAUAAAGAAGAAAUAAUUCGUCUUUUACUUGAUGAAGAUCUGAGCAGGGACCCACUAUCUGUGAUUUCUGUAGUGGGUAUGGGUGGGUCGGGGAAAACCACUCUUGCUCAAUUGGUGUACAAUGAUGGGAGGAUGAAGGAUCAAUUUCAACUCAAUGCUUGGGUGUGCGUUUCCGAAGAAUUUGAUGUUCUUGGAAUUACAAAAACAAUACUUUCUGCACUUAAAUGUCGAAUAACAGGAUAUGAAGGUCUAAAUCAGCUUCAAUUGAAACUGAAAGAGAAAUUGAUGGGGAAGAAAUUUUUGCUGGUUCUUGAUGAUGUCUGGAAUGACCAGCAAUACGAGUUGGAAUCAUUACAAGUUCCUUUUCGUUCUGGGGCUUCUGGAAGCAAGAUCCUUGUUACAACACGUGAUAAAAAGGUAGCAUCAGCCAUGGUCUCUGUUGAAGUGCAUCGCAUAGCUUUACUAAAUGAAGAAGAUGGUUGGAAGUUAUUUGAGGAACAUGCGUUCAAAAACAACGAUGCUAGCUCGUGUUCAAGUCUACAGGCAAUUGGCAAAAAAAUUGUUGAAAAGUGCGACGGGUUGCCUCUAGCCAUAAAAUCAUUGGGUGGCCUCUUGCAAACAAAAUUUUCAGAGAAAUAUUGGAAUGAAAUUCUUGAGAGUGAGAUAUGGCAGUUACCAAAGAGUAACAUAAUGCCAGCUCUACGGCUAAGCUAUGAUUAUCUUCCUUCUCAUUUGAAGAGGUGUUUUGCGUUCUGUUCUAUAUUUCCUAAAGACUUUGAAAUUGACAAGGAAUCUCUAAUCCAAAUGUGGAUGGCAGAGGAUUUGAUACGUUGCAACCAAGGAAAUAAAAGUGUGGAGGAAUUGGGGAAUGAAAUUUUGGAAGAACUAGAAUCAAGGUCAUUUGUUGAGAAAUCAAGAUUUGAUGAUGACAAAUUAAUCAUGCAUGACCUGAUAAAUGAUUUAGCGAAAUCAGUCUCCGAAGGAUUUUGUUUGAUGAUGGAGGGUGAUAAGGUGCAAAAUAAUAUUAAUGAAAGGAUACGCUACUGUUCAUUCUCAAUUUUCGUCCCCAAGUUCGAAGAAUUAUCAUUGGAACCUAUUUACGAGUGUAAGCACUUACGAUGUUUUGCUAGUCUACCACGAGAAAACGUUCUUAUUGGUGGUAAGGUUGAGGUUGAAACGUUUUCAAGAUUUAAGCACCUGCGAAUUUUGAGCUUGGAGCGAGUUUCAACUAGCACUAAAUUAAGUGAUGUUAUAAGGAAUUUAAAGCACCUUCGCUACUUAGACCUCUCUCAUAGUCAUAUUAAAAAGUUACCCGAUUCAAUCUGCACUAUGUAUAAUUUACGAACUUUGAAAUUGAUCUGGUGCAGUGAAAUUGUUGAGUUACCUGAGGAUUUGUGCAAAUUAAUCAAUUUGCAUUAUCUAGACCUUUCUCGUACUAGGAUCAGCAAGUUACCUGAUUCAAUUUGUAAGGUGCACAGUUUGCAAACGUUGAGAUUGCAAUGGUGUAAGUCUUUGGCUGAAUUGCCACCAGAUUUGCACAAUCUCAUCAAUCUUCGACAUCUUGAUUUGUUUGGGACUAAUAUAAGGGAGAUGUCAAUGAACAUUGGAAGGAUGGAACAUCUUCAAGUAUUGACAAGAUUUUGUGUGGGAAAGCAAAGCUGGUCCAAUAUUAGAGAGUUAAGAAAAUUCAAUAUUAGAGAGUCAGUCAGUCUUGAGAUUUUUGAGUUGGAUAACAUCAAUGAUCCAAUGGAUGCCGGGGUGGCCAAUGUGAAAGAGAAGAAUCACUUGAAUGAGUUAACUUUGGAAUGGAGUGGAAAAAAUGUGGAUUCACAAAAUGAAAUGUCUGUUUUGAAGGCUCUUCAACCUCAUAUCAACUUGAAACGCCUUGCUAUUAGAAACUAUGGUGGCGCAAGGUUUGCGGACUGGAUGGAUGCUCCUUAUCUACCUAAUUUAGUAUAUCUUGGGUUGAGUGCAUGUAAAUAUUGCUUUUGUUUACCACCACUUGGGCGGCUGCCCUCUCUAGAGAGGCUUGACAUUUCUCAUUUAGAAGGAAUAAAGGAGAUUGGGUCAGAUUUUUACGGGGAGAAUUUGUCAAUUGCUGCGUUUCCAUCCCUUGAACAUUUGGCAAUUGAAGAUAUGGGGGAAUUGGAAGAAUGGAAGCAUUUUGAAGGUGAAUGUUUUCCUCGCCUUAAACUCAUGUACAUAAAAAGCUGUCCGAAAUUGAGGAAAUCCCUUCCUCUAUGCCUUCCAUGCUUGGAAUAUCUACGUAUUAGAGGAUGUGAAGGCUUGGAACUUGAAUCAUUCCCUCUGAAAGAUUCCUCUUAUCCGAAACUUGAAUGGAUCACCCUUGAUGAUAUGAUCCAACUGAAGUCACUUCAUGAAGACAUGCAUGCACAGCUCCCCUAUCUUCGUGAAUUAGCUCUAAGGAGCUGUCCACAGCUGCAAUUGGUUCCUCAGAGAGGUUUUCCUUCGAGCCUUGUCUACAUUCAAAUAUAUCGUUGUCCGAAACUCAUAGCUUGUCGUAUGAGCUGGGGCUUGCACAGGCUUCAUUCUCUACAAAGCUUAGAAGUGCGUGAUCAUGAUUUUGAAAAUGCCGAGUCUUUCUUAGAAGAGCAACAUUUGCCGCCCAAUCUUGUAAUUCUUUAUCUUGUUGGAUGUUCAAAUUUGACAAAAAUAAACAACAAUGGCCUUCUCUCCCUCACAUCUCUUCGACGCUUAGAGAUUAAGGAUUGCCCAAAUCUCGAGUGCUUGCCAGAGGAAGGUUUACCCAACUCCCUUUUUGAAAUAUCUAUUAAAGGAAACAGUCCAUUACUAAAGCAGCGGUACCAAAAAGUGGGUGGACCAGGCUGGCAUAAAAUUUCUCACAUUCCAGAGGUGUAUAUAGAUUAGAUGGAAACGCAUUCCCUUAUCGACACCAAGUCUUUGGACUAUCCUGAGUUUCCUCAGCAUAUCAUGGUGCUUUUCCUGCUAGAGAUGCUGUCAAAGCUAUUAAAACAACUAAAGAAGGAAAAAGGCUUUGUGGCAAAUCCGAAUAAUUAACUUCAUUGGGUCAUGGUGAGCAUGCAGUUCUUCAUCUAAUUCUUGUCACAGUCUAUUCCUCAAACAAGAAUCUCCAUUAUGAAAUUUUAUAAGACUGAAUUUACAAUCCUUGUUGCGAACAAGAUGUGAAAAAGAGGAAAAAAGAAGGCAGUGCAAUUAUGUUUCUUGAUUCUCUUCUUUAUGUACCUUUAACUCUUUGGGUUAGUUUUUAAUGCUGGGUCCUAUAAAUAGAGGUGAUGUACACUUAUUUGAGAUAAUGAAAUGAAUGAGAACUUCUCCUUAUCUUCUCUCCCAAUUCUCUCCUUUCUUCGUCUCCCUCAUCCCAAUCUCUUGUAGUUUUCUUUUCUUCAUAAUGCUCUUGUUGGAAGUUUGAAUCUUUUACUUUCCUAUCAUCUCUUGUUGGAAGUUUGUAGUUCUUUAUUCGUCCAUCCGGGAGUUAUGAUGCAUAUGGAGUUUUUGCACCGUUGUUCCUUCUCAAUUAAAGGAAUGCUAUGCCAGAAGAUACCAAGUCUUUAGGCUAUCUUGAUGAGAUUCUUUGAAUCAUAUGCCAUCCCAUAUACUGCCAUUCCUAGUUGUAAUUUUCAUCUUCCUUGGCAUCUCAUGGUACUUCUAUAAGCAGCAUUGUUGGAUUCUACUUGUGAUGCCAGUUAUGAUACUACUCUUACUUCAAUGAUUAGUUAAGUUCACCGUUGGCUCUUCAACAUGAGAGGAAGAACUGAAGACUUAUCGUUUUCACAUCAGACAGUUGGAUUUGAAUCUGAAGUAAAGCUUCCAACCUUGUCAAUCAACGUUGCAACAAGUGAAUUACUGGCAAAGACUAAUGGCACUGAAAUUUAUGAAUUAGUUGCUCGUAAUCAAAGGCAACCCAGAAACGCUGUCAAAGCUGUUAAAAAGAAAAAGCUUUGUAGCAAAUCCCAUUAAUUAUCUUCAUCAGUCUUGUUGUAUGGUGUUGUGCUGAAUGAUCUGUUCAUUCACUGAUUUUCUAGACGUUGGAAAUGUUGACAAAUAAUAUAGGAGAAAAUCAUGUUCAAAGUCAAAGAAGAAUCAUGCUCCAUCCUGCAAUUGCCAACAGAUUUAGUGGCCCUACCUUUUGUUGUUGAUGCUACUUGUAUUGAAGCAGAGAAGUUAAACAUUGUGCCUUUAUAAUGUAGAGAGCUUGUAAAUUAUUGAUGCUAUUUCUUGUAUAGCAAUUUCUUUAAGUACUUGAAAUUAGUUAUGUUGCUUCAGCGCUACUGGGGCCAUAGAAACCUAUUGAAGGUGUCCAUUGGAGAUUAUGAUAAUGUUUGUAUAUAGAUUGGUCAUUAAGAGAUUAGAACUUUCAUGUGGUAACCAAAUUCUAUGUUCUUUUUUAAAUGGAGUUUUUGGUUAUUCUCAAAA